AUGUUUGCGCAACUCUGUCUGCUGACAACACACUGUGGGCUGACGAUGAUGCGCCCAGGAGAGAGGACACCACGGAGCGGGCUGCUCCUCCUGCUGGCCUGGGCCUUCUCAAGUGCAGUCAGUAAAGAGGUGCAGCUGGACGCCCCCACAGAGGUGGAGGCCAGGUGCGGAGAGAACCUGAAGCUGACAUGUAACACCUCCACUGAGGUCAGCGACAUGAAGCUGUUCACCUGGUCAGCAAAGGACCAAGUGUCAUGUGACCGAGAGAAACAGACUGACGUGUGCCAGAUGCGGAGCGACGAUGGCCUCCAAACGCUCUCCAUGACCAUCACCAACAUCAGCACCAGUGACUUUGGGAAGUACCUGUGCAAGCUGCACACCCGCUUUGACACCUUGUCCAGGAUGACCCAGCUCACGGUCACAGACUGUGCGGUAAAAAAGCGCUCCCACAUCAACGCCACCUUCGCGGUGUGUCAAUUCUCAGACGUUAAAAUGCACCCCGAGGUCCACUGGUUCGUGGAUGGGAAGAACCUGACCGGGUCCGCCAGUGAGGACCUGACGCGCCAGGACAGCGGGUUCUUCGACAUCACCAGCUCCAUCAUGCAGACGCAACUCCGACGGCGCCACAAAUGCAUGCUGUGGAGCGUCCCGGAGGGGCGCUACCUGGAAGGCCAGACCAUGAUCCUCGGCUCCUCGUCCGCGGGCGGCAGGGUCACCGCCCACUGGGCCUGGCUGCAGCUGAGCCUCGCGCUGCUGACGCUCCGAGUGUGACGGCUGAACCAGGUUGCAGUACCUGCUGAGGACCAGGCGGGGGCAGUCGUGCCACACUGUUCUUCUGCGAGAGAACGACGACGAGCUGAGAGUUGAUGGCUGGACUUGGGACUGAAGCGGAACAGAUUGAUUUCAAACGCAUUUACUGAGAGAUCUGCCUGAGGCAGCUUCAUUAGGCUCACGGCGCUGUUUUGUUCCUUUAUGCUGUGCAGCCUGGUGCAAAAGUCUCAUUUGAAAAUAAUUGCUUGAGACAUGAAUUCAGAUUGUCAUAUGAGGUUAAACAGUGUAUAUUAU